AUGAGUAAUGAAAAGUUCUCAACCAGAGGGGACCAUGCGAACACCCCUACAGAGGAUGAUUGGCCCGGAGGACACACCUUCAAGAUGCCCCAAACGGAGCGCACCAAAAUUAUCUGGUCUAGCGAAAAGCUCAAGGAAUAUAUUCACUACGUGAAGAAUAACUGCUGCCCAAAUUUUAAUGAAAAUUCCAAGCUAAUUUUAAUUACUUACUAUUCUACGUUAAGGAAGGAUAAUAAUGGCGACAACGGAACGACCGUUAGGACGUUGGAAAGUUUGAUACGACUAAGUGAGGCGCAUUCGAAAAUGAUGCUCAGCGAUACGGUAUCCUCUGACGAUGUGAUUAAUAUAGUUUUGUUAUCGGAGCUUAGCUUGCGUGGGUAUAAAGUAGCCGUUAAGACGAACUCCCACAGUGUCCUCAUAGCCAGGGCGGGCAUACUGGACAACUUAAACGACUCUCUGCUCUUUUAUAAUAAUAUGCACAGGACGUUUUACUCCUUGGACGAUGUUUUAUUUUAUGAGUCCUUGUAUAAUUAUUUUAAGAAGCUCCUUUUGGAGAAGCUCAAUUUGAUAGAGCGCAACGGGCAGAUCCACCGCAUGGCGGUUUAA